CCACUGCCAUUCUCAGGUCCCAUUCCCGAUAAACCCAACACACUCUAGACACAUACAUCAUUCUAUCUGAUUGCCCAUGCUGAUUAGGUACAGGUGCUACUGGCUACUAGCAGAGGAAACAAAAAAAAAAAAACAAACUCGUACGAGUUUGCACUUGCAGUUUGCCAGAAAUAAUAUUAGUAAUACAUAUAUUCGCAAUCAGAGAGCUAAGUAUAUGCCAUUGUGAGAUAUGAAUAUAGUCAACUUAUGCACUCGAGCGAUAAGAUUAGCAUGAAUAUUUUAUGAGUGUUCGACGAAUAUACUUUAUCGAAAAAAAAAACGAUGUAUGAAACAAGUCAAUCCUGUCAGUUACUAAAGAUAAACUGGACGACUUAAUUAAUGAGUGCUGCUAGUGGUGGGGGCGACGGGGCCACAGUUCGCCGCCACGUCACCGCGACAGAAAACCUUUCGAUUAAAAAGGUUCAAUGAUUCACGUCCAACAACUAUCUUGGAUCUGACAAACAGUAACGGGCCUUAUCUAUUGUGGUAGCUUUCCAGAAUAUUAAUUAAUAAAUUUAGACCUCUGAAACAGCGCUCAGUGAUAAGCCAACUAUAUAUAAACUGGGCGUGCAGCUGGGGCCAAAUUUAAAUUAAUUAAAUUGCAUAAGACCUACGAAUGGAUAACUAUAUAUAUAUGCUAGUUGGAUAAAAUGGCACAACACUCUGCAUACCCCACUUGACGUGCAACAUGGUCAACUUUGAGCAAGCCGCCGAACUCGCCAAGAACUUCGCUAAGAAGCCCACGGACUCCGAGUUUCUCGAGUUCUACGGUCUCUACAAGCAGGCCACCGUUGGAGAUGUUAACAUCGAAAAGCCCGGAGUGCUGGAUCUGAAAAAGAAGGCCAUGUAUGAGGCGUGGAACUCGCACAAGGGCCUGUCCAAGGAUGCUGCCAAGGAAGCAUACAUCAAGGUCUACGAGAAGUAUGCGCCCAAAUACGCCUAA